UCAUCCGAAGGAUCGAAGGGUGUUUGUCUCUGCUGCUCCUUCCUGUUUCCAUGGGAAUCUGGAGGGGGAGGGCGGUUCUCUGCUUACGGCAUUUGCAGGCAGAGUCUUGUGUCUUCAUGGAGGAAGUAGAAGGAAGGAAGGAAGUGGGAAGAAAGGAAUUGCUAGGAGGGGAAGGCAUGGUGUUGGCACGUGACCAUCCAAAGCAAGCUCAUUCAGCAGGAAUCGUCCCACUUUGGGGCUCUGCCUAGUAGAAGCCUUGCAGACUCUCAUUGUACUUGACCAAAGGUCUAUGUUGCUGAAGACCAUGCUUCUGAAGUUUUCCUGCAGCUCAUCCUCCACAGUCAUUGGGACUUACAGGACGUAAAGACCCAUCGUCCCUUACCAAGGAGGAAUGUUUGAAUUAGUCACGUGCAUAUGCCCUUCUUUAUCAUCUCGGGGCCUGGCUUGUCAUGUUAUAUCCUUCAAUAAAUCCUACUUGGAGUGGCUCCAAUUCUACCCUGCUGAAGAUUCAGUGCUUCUCGCUCACUGAAAACAAGGGAGUUGAUGGGAUAUCAAGCCUUACCACUGCUUGCGGAGGAAUGUCAACAGUCCUCUUGUGGCUCCCUGCUCUAUCAUCUGGGUAGCUGCCCAACAAGGCUCCAAACUCUACUCAAGCCUCUCGGCAUAGCAACAGCCACUGCAUGAGUAUCAUUGAGAAAAUCUACCCCCUCCUCAGAUACCUGCCCCCAGAAUACCUCACAGAUGCAGCAGGCCCAGGUGCCACAGCACCUGUAAAUUCCUUCAGCACAAUGGAAAUCCAACCUUAUCAAGGCAAAGACAAUCAGAGCGUGGCCACAUAUGUACCUUUCUUUACCACUGACCCAGUGCAAACACUUACUAUUCAAGACAAGGACAGUCUGCAAACAGUCACAUAUGACCCUGUAUACACCACUGACCCAAUACAAACAUAUACUUUGCAGGGAAAAGACAUCCUGCAUUCAGGCUCCUAUACAACUUUAUACUCAGUUGGGACAGUGGAAACACCUGUUCUUCAAGAUAAGGAAAAUCAGCCUGUUGCAUCAUAUAUACCCAUAUAUUCUCUUGGUACAGUGCAAACACAUUCUUUGCAAGAACUUCAUCAAGCCCCCCUCGAAUCAAUAAACCAGCCUGCUUCUGAAACCACAAUGAGCGAGUGUCAAGAUUAUACCACUGAAAACAGUGCAGAAGAAACAGGCACAUCGCUGUAUGGUCUCGAACCAGUCCAAUCUCUAGAAGACAGUAUUACCCAACAAGAUGUUACCAGUACCUUCAUGCCCUUCUUCUCUACUGAACCAUUACAAAUAACCGAAGAUCCAGGCCCUGAGACCCUGUGUGUGGCAGACGAAGGGAGUGGCAGCAAUGCAGGAGAAGGAGGCCAAGGCUCAGACGAUGUCUCCGACGGCAGCUCAAAGAAGUGGGAACAGAAGCAAGAACAACUCAAGAGCCUGGAGGGAGAAUUUGCCAUCACAAUGUGGGCCCCAGAGGAGGAAAACAAGAUAAUGUCCGAGACAGUGGUGGAAACCCAGGAGCUCCCAGGAGAAAAUUUACCUCCAGAGGUGCCCGAGAACGGAAGCCCCGAGAAGCUGCCUCCAGGAGGCCUGACUCUGAUCAAUCUCUCUGAUCCCAAACAGCUGGCUGAAUUCAUCCAUCAAAAUAAGUCACCGCAUGAAAUUGAGAAGAAGCUGCCUUGCCCUCAUGAAGAAUGUCCCAAGCUGUUCCGAGACAACUCUGCCCUGCGGAAACACCUUCAUACCCAUGGUCCCAAGGGCCACAUCUGCGCAGAAUGUGGAAAGGGGUUCGUGGAGAGUUCCAAACUAAAGAGACAUAAAUUAGUCCAUACUGGAGAAAAGCCCUUUCAGUGCAUGUACAAAGGUUGUGAGAAGCGCUUCUCACUGGACUUCAACUUACGCACGCACAUGCGGAUCCACACUGGAGAUCGCCCCUACGCGUGCCCCUUUGAUGGCUGCACCAAGAUGUUCGCCCAGUCAACCAACCUGAAAUCCCAUAUCCUGACCCAUGGGAAACCAAAAUGCAGCAAGUAAAAAAGAAGAUGGAAAAAGGUGCUUUCAUUCAUAGGAAAAAGAGUUUUUCUAAAUUGAAUUCCACCCACCAGGUUUUGAAGGUUUACCUUAUCAAAGAGAAAUCACAGUCUUUCCUUGUGAUGUCCCCUUUCCACUUCUCUUCCAAAUUUUCUCUCUCUACUGAGUGUCCCACUACUUUUGCAGUAAUUCAGCCUCACUAGUCCUUCUAUCUUACUACCUCCCCCCACCUCCCACCCCAUAUCUAAUCAGUUGUCUAGUUUGGUGGUCCUAUCCCUUCAGCCCCUUAGAUGGGUCCCUUUCUCUCGCUCAUAAGGAUACCACCCUCGCUUAUGACUCGAUUCUCUCCACUAGACGCUGAAAUUGUGUAUUAAUUGAGUUCCCUGCUUCAGGUCUCUUCCUUUCAACCCAAACUAUCUGCUACACUUCUUUGGUCUCGACUUAUUACUUUCCUUUCCUGACCUUCCUCCCUAGUUUUAACUCUCCCAAAUCCUGAAGAUAUUAGCAUUUGCUGUUUGUUAAAGUUAUCUUGUCAUAACUUCUGUGUUUUCAUGUUAUUUCCCCCAUGGAUUGUGAACCCCUUGAGGAAAGGGGUUGUUUCUGAAAUUUGCCUCUAUAUGUAAAGACUUGUAGAUGACAAAUGUUUAAUAAAUGUUG